CUUCUUGGAGGUAUAUUCCGGGUAAUCUGCUUCCGUACUUUAGGUCACUUUUUCACAUUCGAUCUUUCCAUACGUGAAGGUCAUAAGGUUGUCCAAAGUGGUCCUUAUGCCUAUGUCCGUCAUCCUUCUUAUACAGCGAUGAUUAUUCUCACCUUAGGUCAAGUAUACUCAAUAUUCGUGUAUGGACCUUUGAUCGGUGCAAGUGUAAGAUCUUUGGCAUGGAACUUGGUCACAGCGUCUUUGGUUGUUCCCGGGGUGCUCAUCACUCUACGUAUUCGGGAUGAAGAGCCAAUGCUCCAAAGAGAGUUGGGCAAAGAAUAUACAGAGUAUAUGCAAAAAGUACGUGCUCGAUUAGUACCUUACGUAUUCUAA